AUGUCGAAACACAAUGUCAUCCGUUGUCUUGUAGACGACACGGCUCUGACCAGGAACCUGGAGGAGAUCGAGAACUGGGUCUCGCAGGGCCUCAUUAUUCUUGUCGUGCCCUUGUACACGCUCUCUCGCCUGAAUGUCUUGAAGAAGGAUUCUUCACAGAUCGGCAUCAGCGCGCGUAAAGCAGUGAAAUUCCUGGACCGCAGCACUUCGUCUCGCGGCGAUUUACGACAUGACCCAGUCAUCCUCCAAGGUCCCGACGACCAAUACCCCACGUGGGCUGAGGUGGAGGCACACUACACAAAUGAAAGUAUGAAGACUGCUGGGAUGAACGAAGCAGAUGAGUCGAUCCCACUCAUGGACAACAAACUCGAGAAGGACGCAGAAAUUCCCUUCAAGGUCGGCGCAGGCGGCGUCGCAGGGCCGUUGUCGCAAAUCCUCUUGGACAAACUCAACUUUGCGAAAGAACCAGCGACCAUGUCGCCCGGCUCGACACCGCCGUUGUCGCCCUCUUCUUCUGGGCCACAGAGCUCCAAGACCAGCCCUGAGGUCAAGUCUGCCACCAUCAUCAGCCACGAUCAGACACCCGUUCCACCAUCGCUCAAGUCUCUUCUCAACCCGGUGGUGUGGUAUGUGCACGAGAAGAAGGCUCCCGCGGAUGAGGGUCUUAUCUUCCUCACCAAUUCCGCCGACACCAUGCACCUCGCGCGGGACUUUGGGAUCCCCACCAAGAAUAUCCACCAACUGAGGAGUGCUCUUGGCUUGGGAGAAAACGAACCUCCGGCGCAAGAGAAUACCAAGAAGGACAAGGCGAAAAGAGCGUCCAAUGCGGAGCCGAAGACUCUUUUCAGCUACGACGACGUCGAGAGCGACGAGGAAGAGGUCGUCUUCAAGCCACGAGGGCGAGGCCCGGCACGCGGACCGCAGUCGUCGCGAGGUGGCGGCGCAGGGAGCGUCCGCAUUCGAGCAGGAAAUACGCGAUCCCCACGAACGUCCUUCAGCACUCCUGCGCAGUCGGUGCAGAACAAGCCACAAAUUCCGGUCGAGGAGAUUGACCCUGAUUCGUUCGACCGUGGCAGCUUCGCACGGGGGAGCACGCCACUCGUCAAUACGAGCACCCACAUACCACAUCAAUUCAACAGUGGCCGUGGAGCCUACCGUGGAAAUCACAGUCGUGGGGGGGGACGUGGAUCGAACCUCAACCGUGGUGGCUACAUCAAUGGAUUCGAACGUGGAUCGGCCCGCGGCAGAGGUCGGUUGUUCGUCCCUUAG